UAACCGAGCCCGCAUUCCUUCUUGGACCGUUUUUCCCAAACGUAGGAGACUGUUGAGAGAGUGAGUGUGUGGAGGAGAGAAGAGGGGAGGAGACCAGCUGAGAAACUACACAGGACUUCUUGAGACGAAAGUUUUCAGAAGAUCUGUUGGUACGAGCACAUAAGAAUCUACCAAAAUGGCUUUCCUGUUGAUGUUUGUGACCAUUCUGCAUUUGGUCACCCUGGCCAUGCUUUUCAUUGCCACCAUGGAGAAGUCCUGGUGGUCUUGGGGAGACAUAGAGAACACGGAUCUCUGGUAUAAGUGCAUGUAUGACAAUGACACAGAAACCUGGUUAUGUGCAUCUGUCAGCGAGAACGAAUGGCUGCAGUCAGUCCAGGCCCUCAUGAUAUUAUCUGUGGUGCUUUCUUCCAUCUCCUUCAUGGUGUUCCUCGGACAGCUCUUCACCAUGUCCAAAGGAGGACUUUUCUACUUCACUGGCCUGUGUCAGUUUUUUGCAGGUUUUGCAGCAUUUGCAGCUGUUCUUAUCUACACCUUUCAAAGGAGCGAGAUUCUUCAAGAUGUUCGGGAACUGAAAAUGGGUCGUUUCGGCUACUGUUACAUUCUAGCCUGGGUCUGUGUGCCCCUUUUACUUAUUAGUGGCGCACUUUAUGUGCAUCUGCGCAAACGGGCCUGAUUUUCUGCUUAAAGGGAUAGUUCACCCAAAAAUUUAAUUUAUCCCAUGAUUUACUCACCCUCAAGCCAUCCUAGGUGUAUAUGACUAUCUUCUUUCAGAUAAACACAAUCGGAGAUAUAUUUAAAAAUAUCCUUGCUCUUCCAAGCUUUAUAAUGGUAGUGAAUUUUUUUGAAGCCCAAAAAAAUUCAGCCAUCCAUUAUAAAAAAUAAUCCAUACAGCUCCAUAAAGGCCUUUUGAAGCGAAGCUAUGCAUUUUUGUAAGAAAAAUAUCCAUAUUUACAACUUUAUAAAUUCAAAUAACUAGCUUCCGGCGGACGACCGUACGCAUACUGUGCAAGUCGACUUGCGCCAAAUAAGAAACACCUGACGUGACGUAUGACGCAGGAUGUAGGAGUAGCGUAAGCUUAGACGCCUCUCGCGGUUUAAACAAAUAGGACUGGGCAACAAACUCAAGCUCAACUCUUCUCUUAUAUCAAAAUCCUCUGACAUUUCUCUUUAAAAAUUCUCAUUUUAGACUUCUAAUUCGUAACCGGUGUUUUGUUUUGCUUCCGCGUUCGUCAUUACGUCAUGCGUCAGGUCAGAGGUCACUCUUCCACUGCAAAUCGAUGCGUACAGCCGGCUGCCGGAAGCUAGUUAUUAUAGUUAAUAAAGUUUUAAAUAUGGGUAUUUCUCUUACAAAAACGCAUCGCUUCGCUUCAGAAGGCCUUUAUUAACCCCCUGGAGGCAUAUGGAUUAUAUUUUUUGCUUCAAAAUCUCGCCCCCCAUUCGUAACUAUUAUAAAGCUUGGAGAAGCAAAGAUAUUUUUAAAUACAUCUCUGAUUGUGUUCGUCUGAAAGAAGAUAGUCAUAUACAUCCAGGAUGGCUUGAUGGUGAGUAAAUCAUGGGAUAAUUUUCAUUUUUGGGUGAACUAUCCCUUUAACACCACACAUGUACUUUAGUAGUGUAGUCUUCUAUGAGAUUAUAUAUGCUUAUGGCUCUUCUUAGGUGAGCCAAUUUAUGAUAUAUGGGUUAUUGCUAUUUGUAAUUUAUUAUUAUCCUACUAGUUCGUAGGAUCAAACUCCCAACACCUGCUUUGCAGCUUUUGGGUAGUUGCAUAAAAAAAAUGCUGAAUUUCCCACAGUGGGGAAACUGCUGCUUUAAGUUUGAUGCUGAUAGUGGGAUUUCAAUACCAAAUGCUUUUUAAAAUCAUGCUUUAAGAAAACUGGAGUGUAAAACAGAAAAAGUUUAGUUGGUCUCCCAAAGUGAAAAUGUCAGAACUGGAAACCUCAAAACCAUCCUUUUCCCUAGUAUUGAAUAUGUGUCUUUGUAUUAUUAUAUGUUUUAUGUAUGCAAACCCUAUAAAUAAAAUAUUUAAAAAAAACAAACAAAAAAAACACCACAGUAGUUAUGAUUUAGGUUAGAUUAAACAUCAACUAUGAAUAAACAAAAAAGAAGAACAGUACUACAAAAAUGCUGCAGUUCAAGUAGGAUCAACAGAAACUUGUCCUCUAGGAACUUGUAAGUCUUAUUGCUGUUUACAGUGGUUUACAUAGUAAUGAGUUUGAAUCAGUAAUUAUUAACAGUCUGCACUGCUAUUUUAAAUACUCAAAUAUUCAAUCUGAACUGCUCUAAAAAAAAAAGUAUAUCAUUGUGUUUGGUUGUUGUGUACAUGACUUACAACAACAUACCACCGUACCACACAUUAUCUGCUUUUAAAAGCACUGUUGAUUCUGGGACAAAAUAAACGUUAGCAUUAGACAUGAUAGAAGAGGUGAUUAAAGAGGAAUGUGUGCAUUAAUGAGUUGCAUGGAAUUCCAGUUACUUGUUCAUGCAGAACCAAAAGGUGAACAAAGGUGAGCUCACCAUACUAUCUUCAGGGGAUUAAAACACUCCCAAACACAUGUAACUUCUCCACACGUGUCUAAGCAUCAAGUAUGCAGAUGCUUGAAGUGUAUGACAUGAAAAGAGACCACUAGGCAGGUGUUGAGUUCCAGCCUCACCCCCUUUUGACUGUAGCUGGGAGGGAAGGAAGGUCUCAAUCUCUGCUCCCUAGAGAGGACUGGCUCGGCUGGUAUAACCAGUCACAAUAGAGAGCCUGCAACAGAGAGGCACUUUAUGUGUUUACUAAAGACACAAGAAAGACAGAAAUCUAACCUUAUGAGAGAGGAUGAGGGCUGAAGGGAGACCAGAGUGUUUCAGAACAUGUUUUUGGGGAUGGUUGAUGAUUUGCUGACUCAAGACAUGGAUUUGCACGAAAGCUAAAAAUGGGCAGAUCACAGCGAUGACUUGUUGCUCACAUUGGCUGGUGACGGGGAGUAAUUUAACACCAGACAGAGUGAGGCCAUUUAGAAUGGGAGGAGAUAGCAGAGAUAUGUCAGAACUUGAUGGAAAGAGGCAAUGGACUGAGGGUGUGUGAGUGAGACAGGCGCUGACGGGUGAGUUUUGACUUUUAGUACAUAAUCUGUUCUUGUUAAGUAUUAACAUAAAAUAGAUAAAUAGAAAUGCAUAGAUUUUAACAUGCCCUUGUGUAAAAGAAGUACACAUUAGCAUACCUUAUAAAGAAAGGCUUAUUUUUUAAGUGUGUAAUAUUUCUGACACUUAAUUGCAUGUUAAUUGUACUUAAAAGAAAAUGUUGUAAUAGUUUAAAUUUAUAUUAAAAUCAAUCAGCUGAA